CUGGUUGUGAAUAAUUACCACUUAUUUUUAAAAUGCAGAAUGAUUUAAAAUUUGGUGAUCAAACACAGAAACCUGUUUUUACUAUUAAAUUGUCGUAUUCAAGUAAAAAUAAAGAUAUCCAUUGUACCAACACAUGUGACUUCAAAUGUUUAAAAGUGCUAGUAGUAUCUAGUUUAUUAACAAUAUUUGUUUCACUUACGACAUGGGGUGUUCUUAAAAUAUCAGAUGAAUAUUACAAAGGCUAUUCUUAUAGUUAUAGCAAUGAACCUAAGAAUGACUCUUCAGUAGAUAACAACUCAUCAUCCUUUGACAAUCUUUAUGUGUCAAGAAUAUAUUGGUUGGCUCAAUCUCCUACAUCACGACUGGAUACGCUACAUACCCCUGUCUCCCUAAUAAUAAUUCACCACACCGCCACACAAUCGUGUCUAACUUCAGCAGAGUGCAAACUUCAGACUCGUAUUAUUCAAGCAUUUCACAUAGAAAACCGCCAUUGGAGUGAUAUCGGCUACAACUUUUUAAUUGGAGGUGAUGGUAAAAUUUACGAAGGAAGAGGCUGGACUUCUCAAGGGGCGCACACAUUAUAUUAUAAUAAAAUGAGUUUUGGUAUAGGCUUUAUUGGAACAUUUACCAAUUAUGUUCCUGGCAAAUACCAGAUUGAUGCUUUGGAGGUUUUAAUAGAGAAAGGUGUUCAGCUUGGAUACAUAGCCACGGAUUAUAUAAUUGUAGGUGCACGUCAGCUUUCUUCUACUGAGAGUCCUGGAAAAUCGUUUUAUGAACUUAUUAAGACCUGGAAUCAUUGGUCAGAGAAAAUAAUUUAACAAUUUACUAGUUGAAAAUUUAUAUAACUAUGUAUUUAAGUGUAGUUUGUUUUUUCAUACUAAUGUCUCAAAUUGGGAAAUAGAUUUAUUAUUUUAUAUAGGUUAUAUA